ACAUGCAGUCAGGUCUGUUUUAUAUUGUGUGUUAAUAUUAUUAACUUACAUGUAAUAAUAAAACAAGUUAUAGACUCCAACUUGUCUUCGAACAAUGGGACAGAUCGGAAAGAUUUAUCAGCUGACUGUGCUAUCUUUCCUGUCUUUAGUGUCAAUUGGAAUUAUACGUUUAUUUCCAAUCGAAACAGGAGAACCUAAGUACAAAGGUUUUGUUAUUGAUAAUUUGAGGACGAACAGAGUUAAACGGGUGGGUAGUGAAACAAAAUACAAGGAUGUCAUAGCAGAGGGCCCUUUUGCGAACUCAACCAAGAGAUACAUCAAAAAAUGGCAAACGUACAUGAUCAACGUUUGUCCAAAUUCUACAAUGCACUCGGACACCGAUAUCGCGUUGGUGCCGUUUGGUCAGUAUUUUAAACCAUUUACAUAUAUACUUCAAACUAGAUUCUACUCAAGGCUAUCUCGAAUUCUUACAAAGCAUUUUACAACUCGGGUGACAGCCAUAGGGGUAACCAGUGAGUAUCUCGGUAUCUUCAUGAACUGGCUUGCCAUGGCAAGGAUUUACGUUAAACCACCCAUGAAGGAUAUAUUAAUCUACACCACAGAUAAAAUUGUAUGUGAUUUAAUUACACGCAAAAUGCUAUCGCCAUGCCUGGUUGUAAAUGUUAAUGAUAUUAUAAAAAGCGAUCAAACAAUGGCGAUCAAUACAGACCCAUUGAUAGCGUCAAGACAAAUUUUCUGGGUACUCCGAGCUUUGUUUUGGAGAUUAUGUAACUAUUUAGGCUACGAUGUCACUUCCGUUGACACGGAUGCCAUUCCCUUAAAGAACUUUGACAACCUUUUGGAUGGCUAUCCCAAUCAUGAUAUAGUUGGUCCAGUGACUGGGCGUUAUCCAUGGGGAGCAAUGGUGGCCUGGGAUUUCCAUACCAUAAAUGCAGGUUCAAUUAUUUUAAGGGCAACCCUAAAUAACACUAAUUUCUGGAACUUAUUUUCUAUAAUCUCAUCCAAAUCAGACGCGAAACCUGAUGACCAAGUAAUGUUAAAUCUUGUGCUCUAUUGUCUGAACCUAAAAUGGACACACGUAUCAAUUCCCUUGUUUUAUAAACAAAUGGACGACGGCGCUAAAUCGAAGGAAGAACUUUACGUCAAUAGACCCGUUGAUGGUGAGACAAAUGGUCCAGUUAAAGUGAAAGGACUUCCCGGAUUGUUAUUAUGCAGAUAUUCAUGCUCAUUCACGAGAAUACAUAAUUAUUAUAUUUGGCACAAACCAAGUAGACUGAAUCAUAGUGAUAUUUGGAUAUUGAGAAAUGAUUGGAAUAUGAGCAGAUAUAUUGACAAUGAUAUCACUGGAGAUAAAUGGUUAGCUGAGAUUAUAUUAGAAGGCCUCUGUAAGUACAUUUUAGGGUUUAAAUCCAAGGCACACAACACGUCUUGUCUCCUAGACUCAUAGCACCAGAUUAGACCAGAUUUGUAGGAAAUCGUCUUAUUUUAUUUUAUUUGUAGCUGUUAGCACAUUAUGAAGUGUUGGACUGGUUACAGAACACCUUUGUGUUACUACGUUUAGUGUAGACCUCAGCUGAGAUGAAUCAGGUUCACAUAUUGAUUUUAAAGUGGUUUUUGUCGUUAAUAAAUACUGUCUAAACAUCGUCCGACUAAUUUUUCAUUUCAACACAAUUAGGCUGUC